AUGGCGACGAGUCUGGUUUCGAACUUACGCUUAUCCAAGGAAACUGAUUGUGUCAGAGAGUGGCUGGAAAUCUUUGAAAACGCCGCUUCUGUGUUCAUUUUCGCACACGCAGAUAAGUUACCAGAUGACGCAAACGAGAAAACUGCUAAAAAAGCAGAACUCAUGAGAACACUGUUAACAGUCAAUCUGGGGCCUGACGCGUUGAAGAAGUUGCGUGCAUUUACAUUUCCAGCUGAAAUUAAAGACACUGACUACGCUACCCUGAGAAAAACUCUUGUUGAUCGGUUAUCACCCAAAACGAACAUUGUAGCUCAACAGCAGAAGUUUAUGACUUUAAAUCAGAUUGCUGGUGAAUCCUUAUGUACUUUUAUGUCACGAUUGAAGGAAGCUGCUAAUGUUUGUCAGUUCGGUGAUUUGUUUGAUUUAAUGGUGCGUACACGUUUUGUGGCUGCACUAUCCUCUGAUAGGAUACGUGCUGAACUCAUAUCAGAAUCUGCUACCAAUGACACGUCUGCCAGCCUGUUCGAUAAAGCUCAGACGAAGGAGAACGCUCUGCAAAGUUCAAUAAACUGUCGCAAACCCGGACAUAUCGCGAAGAACUGUCGUUCCGCUAAGAAGCAAUCCCAUUGUGUUGAAGGGAUUGGUGAUCAUGAUGAUGGCAACGCUUGCGCUGCUGAUUAUGGGUACACACACCAAGAGUUGGAGAACACGUUGUACUGCGUGGAGACGGCUGAUCCUGUCCAGAUUCCAGUACAGACUCCUGUUCCCGAUGAUACUCUACCUGCAUCAGUUAAAUUGCGAGUAGCUAAUUUUAAUUGUGAAAGCAUUGACUGCAAGGCCCUUGUAAACGUUGAAUUUAGAGGCAAGAAAUGGAUUUUACCACUGUAUGUUGUCGAUUGUCGGUUUCCCACACUCCUAGGUCGAGAGUGGAUCAUCCAGAUGUUUGGUAAAGACUGGUUGGAUCAUAUGAUAGGACUUGUUGAUGUUGAGCAAUCUUACGCUGUCUCCAAGCUUCAGAGAGAUGAAUUUGUUAGUGAGAUACUCCGCAGUCCUGUGUUCGAUCCUGGUGUUGGAACUGUUAAAGGAUUCGAAGCUUGUCUACAAUUUAAGCCUGAUGCGAGAGCAAAGUUUUGCAAGGCAAGGCAGGUCCCAUUUGCCAUCGUAGACAAGGUUGGGAAAGCCAUAGACGAGUUAGUGAAGAAUGGACAGCUGAUUCCAACAGAGCACUCAGACUGGGCUUCACCCAUAGUUCCUGUCAUGAAAGCGGAUGGUACGAUUCGCAUAUGUGGUGACUACAAGACUACUGUAAAUCCUAAUCUCGACACAGCUAUUUACCCACUUCCUACGAUAGAGGAUUGCUUGAGUAAGAUUGUUGGAGGUAAACUGUUUACUAAGCUGGAUAUCAGAGCCGCUUAUAAUAGUUUGAAGUUGAGAGAAUGUGACCAAAAGAUUGUGACUUUGAACACACACAAAGGAUUGUUCAGUCCUACUUCUCUACCAUUCGGUAUUUCAUCUGCCGGACCAAUAUUUGAACGCAAGAUUGAUGAUACCUUGAGAAAGACAGAGAACACAGCAUGGCGUGUUGACGACAUUCUAAUAACUGGACCUGAUGAUGAGAGUCACAUGAAGAACGUGAGAACGGUGAUUACAGCACUAGAGAAUGAAGGCUACAAAUGCCGGCUAGACAAGUGUGUUUUCAUGGAGCCUAAGGUGACAUUUCUAGGCCAUGAAGUAUCUGCUGAGGGGAUAAGACCGCUGAGUUCGAAAGUUGAAACCAUAGUGAGAGCACCGUAUCCUACUACUAGAGCGGAGAUGAUAUCAUUUCUUGGUGGUGCACAGUACUAUUCACGUUUUAUUCCCAACAUGUCAACAGUUGUUGAACCACUUAACCGUUUAAGACCCGCUGACAGUAUUUUCCACUUUGGAGAUAGAGAAAAGAGAGCUUUUGAUGAGUUAAAAGCACUGUUAUCGUCUGACUUGGUUCUAACAGUCUACAACCCUGAGCUGGAGUUAAAGCUUGACACGGACGCUUCAUCCGUUGGUUUAGGAGCUGUUAUGUCACAUAUUGAUGAAAAUGGAACAGAGCGACCGAUCGAGUAUAUAUCUCGAACUCUGACGAAAUCUGAGAGAAACUAUUCCAUGAUAGAAAAAGAAGCAUUGGCAAUAGUUUGGGCGACUAAGAGACUGCACCGUUAUCUUUUUGGACGACCAUUUACCCUAGUUACAGACCACAAGCCGCUGGAAUCUAUCUUUCACCCUAGUCGUGGGAUUCCUAGCAUGGUGGCAGGUCGUUUACAACGAUGGUCAUUGUUCCUUAGCGGUUACACUUACAAGAUCCAGUUUCGACCCACUGGUAAACAUUGUAAUGCUGAUCUAUGUUCCCGUUUUCCACUGCCUUUAGACACAUCGGCAGAGACGAGAGAGUUUGAUGACGAGUUAACAGAGGAGUUUGAAAUGAAACCUCUAGAUACUGUUUUCAGCGUGCACUACUUCGGUGAUGACAAACCUUUGAUUGACGCUGAGUUAAUAGCUAGUCACACGAGAAGAGACAAGACACUUGGUCGACUGUUACAGUUUGUUAAAGACGGCUGGAACGAGAAACCCCCUGUUGAUGUCGAGCUGAAACCGUUUUACACACGUCGAAACGAGUUGUCAGUAGACCAGAACUGUAUUGUCUGGGGAUCUCGAGUUGUUAUUCCAGAGAGUAUGAGAAAGAGCGUGCUUUCAAUGCUUCAUGCAACACACAUGGGCAUUUCACAGACCAAAGCACUAGCGAGAGGCUAUGUUUAUUGGCCAAACAUGGAUGCUGAGAUCGAGAAAAUGGUUAAACUAUGUGAACCAUGUCAACUAAACCAGAAGAAACCCGCUAGAUCUACACCACACCCAUGGGCUAAAACUAUGGAGGCUUGGGAGCGAGAUCUGUUGUGUCAGAGCCGUUGCAACAAACAGAUCCGGAUACACCGAGAGUUGAGCUGGAGAUAA